AAACCAACGAUAACAUUGCUCGAUCGAGCUUUUAUCGAAAGCCUAAUCGAACUGUUAACUAAUGAAAGAAGUCAAAUUGAGUAACCAACUAUCGAUUUACUAUCUAUCUAUGAAAAACUAAAAUAAAAGAGAGCCCUUUUGGUUUUAGACAAGUAGUGUGGAUAUAUGAAAUUCCAGAAACUUGGCGCCACAUUAUCCACACACAUCAUUUGUGCUUCCUGAUAACGCCGGCCCCCAACUGCUCACACAACCAAUCCCCAAUUUCCGCCCUAAAGAAAGAAGGAAACUUUGCUCGGCAUCAAACGGGGCAGCCAUGUCAGUUUCGUCUCCAUUCCCGUCGCCCUGCUCCGCCGCAUCUCCCUCUACUUCGGCCGCCGCUUCCUCCUCAACUUCGGUCCGUCUCAGAAUCUCCGCCACCACCGCCGCCGCCGCCGCCAGGCCUUAUUCUUACUACCACGGGGUUUCGAUUCGGAGCUCGCAAGCGGAAGGCCCGAUUCGGAGACCCGUCGCGCCGUCGCUCAGGGAGCCGUCGCCGCCGUCGUCAGCUUCCACUCCGUUGAAGCCCGUCCCUCCUUCCCCUCCAUCUUCUUCACCCCCGCCGCCGCCGCCGGUGGGUUCCGCCUCGCGAUUGGGCGUCGCGGAGGGUAAGGGCGCGGUGACUUUGGAGUUCCAGAGGCAGAAGGCUAAGGAGCUUCAAGAGUAUUUCAAGCAGAAGAAGCUCGAGGAAGCAAAUCAGGGUCCGUUCUUCGGGUUCAUUGGGAAAAAUGAGAUUUCUAAUGGAAGGAUGGGCGAUGUUCGGUUUUGCUGUUGGGAUGCUGACGGAGUAUGCAACAGGGUCGGACUUCGUUGAUCAGGUCAAGAUCCUUCUCUCCAAUUUCGGAAUCCUAGACUUGGACUGAAAGAAAGCUCUCUCUCACACGAAAUGGAGCCUUGAGUACAUUUUGAUUGUUAUAUAAGUUUUCUGUACCAUAUGUCGAUGUGUAUUUUUGCAACUUCUACUUCCCCAUUGUUCAUUGUUUGUUCAUCAUCCUGAGAACUCUGCUUACUUGCUCUUUUCAAUUGAGCUGCAUGCAAACGAAGCACAGAUUGUCUGUUGCUUACAGUAAAACACAUACAACAAUGUAAACUCCUAUAAGUCUUGCAAGCGGAAAAGGGCAAGUUUGUAGAAUUGCCAUGGCAUACAUUUCCCCUACCCACAGGCAAUAGGAAAAUUAGCAAAGCUUACUGCAAGCACAAGCACUGGCUUAGUUAGGAAUUAAGGAACAACUGGGGAUAA